GCAUCAAUUCAAAACCAAUUCCAUUGAGCCAAAAGCAAAAAUCCACGCUCACUUCUCUCGUCAUUGAGCUCUAAGAAUAGGAUUUCCGAUCCCCAACUUCUAGGGUUUUCAGUUUCUUCCGUAUCGAUCUGUACCAAUGGCCAUGGCAGCUCUGAGACGAGAGGGGAGGCGCUAUCUCUCUCCUCUGACAUCCCCCAAUCCGAUCUCUGCCGCUGCCGCCCUCCGAUCCACUCUCAUUGCUGAGGAGCAGGCUCCUUGUGGAGGAGUGCGCUCUAUUUCAACUCAAAUUGUUAGGAACCGGAUGAAGAGUGUGAAAAAUAUCCAAAAGAUUACAAAGGCAAUGAAGAUGGUUGCAGCCUCAAAGCUACGAGCAAUUCAAAAUAAAGCUGAAAAUUCCCGUGGCCUAUGGCAGCCUUUUACCGCACUUCUUGGUGACGUUCCCAGUGUUGAUGUUAAGAAGAACGUUAUUGUAACUGUUUCUUCAGACAAAGGUCUUUGUGGUGGAAUUAAUUCCACCUCGGUCAGGAUAAGCAAGGGAUUUUACAAGCUGAAUUCUGGUCCUGAGAAACAUACAAAAUAUGUUGUAUUGGGAGAAAAGGCAAAAGCUCAAUUGAUACGUGACUCAAAGAAACAUAUUGACCUGACAAUGACUGAGUUGCAGAAGAAUCCUCUCAAUUAUACUCAGGUUUCUGUUCUUGCUGAUGACAUUUUGAAAAAUGUGGAGUAUGAUGCCCUUAGAGUAAUCUUCAACAAGUUCCAGUCAGUUGUCUCUUUUAUUCCAACAGUGUCAACUGUUUUGUCUCCAGAGAUCGUGGAGAGAGAGGCUGAAGCUGGGGGAAAGAUUGGUGAUUUAGACUCCUAUGAGAUUGAAGGUGGUGAGACAAAGUCAGAAGUACUCCAGAAUCUGACAGAGUUUCAGUUUUCUUGUGUCUUGUUCAACGCUGUGAUGGAGAAUGCUUGUAGUGAGCAAGGAGCGAGGAUGUCUGCCAUGGAUAGUUCAAGCAGAAAUGCUGGAGAAAUGCUUGAUCGUCUCACACUUACUUAUAACCGGACCCGUCAAGCAUCUAUCACAACAGAAUUGACUGAGAUUAUUUCUGGAGCAUCUGCACUCGAGGGCUAGAAUGUGAAGCGGCAUCGACAGUGACGAAAUAAGGUUUUAGCAGAGGCUUUGUUUGAAAUUUGUGGUGCUAUAUUUGAGUUUUUUUUUUUCAACUCUAAUAAUUACUUCCAGAAUCAAACCUGGUUUCUGGGAGCUAAACAUCUUACGAAUCAUGGUUUCAAUUGAUUUUGGGAUUUUUUGUUAUCCUCUGUACUUAAAUUCAUCUUUAAAAGAUUCAAGUUUUUAUACAAUUUCAUCAUAAUCAAGAUUCAUAGGAAAGAGAACCUUGAGAUCAAUGGCUGGGACCGGACUGAUUAAUGUAAAUGGUCUUUUUCUAUUUUA